AUGACGAACGGCCGCCGCAGCGUGGCACAGAAUGUAACGCAUAUCUCGGCACGGUGGAGUGCUAAGGUGGUUCUGGCGCUGUCUCAUCCUGAACCGCGCGGCCGGCCGGCGCGACAGUUGAUCGUCGAUGCAAACAACAAGUGCGAAGCGGUAGGGCUUGCUGCACGAGCCCUCGAGCUUCAAACGCACAGUUUAAAGAACCGAAGGACACGUGUAUCGGACUUCAGUGCCUACAAAGCAGGCAUGGCUGCCCAAGAGGUGUGA